AUGCAAGAGCCAGCCUUCAAAGCUUUGCCUAGGAGAGCCCUGGCAACGGCAAGAGCUUCUCGACCGAUACCUCGACGAGCCUUUCACUCAUCCUGCUGCAAUCGCCAUGGCGGUGACUCUGUGCCUGGAGGGAAACCGGGCGAGGACUCGAUAUCAGAACACGACAGUGGACCCGACCUACAUCCAGCUACCGAGACUGCUGGCGGCCGCACGAGAAAUCAUUCCCUCAACCCUAUGAGGAAUCGCUUGUCCCGCCGGCGUGUAGUAUCUGCUCUUCCCCCGGUUAACCUGCCGAAACAAUUUCUCGAUAAUAACAUAUCUAUAUAUUCCCCAGAAAAACAGCCGCGACUACCGGCAGCCCUAGUCGAAGAUGCGACUCAUGAUAAGACGUCCCUUCUGUUUCAAAGCCAUACACCUCUCUCCAGACAGACCCACCAAACCAUGGAGAUGUAUUUUGAAACUGCCUUGACAUCUUUGCUGUUAAGAGACUGCGAGCUCUUCAUGGACUUCAAACGCUCUCGGAGCGACCCUAAAGACCAUAGCUGGAGCACGGCUGCCUCAAUUGAAAAGGUAGUUAGGGUCUGGGACAUGAUUCUUGAUUCCGCGUGGCAUGUCGUCGAUUGCAUUUACCCAGCGAGAAAAGCAGAGUAUACAUACAAAGUUCGCCCAUUUUGGUGGUGGAACAUAUAUAAAGACCUUGAUCACAGAACCCACAAGUUCCGUGAUCAGUUCCUCGCUCUCACUGUUUCCUUGGACCAACAACUCAGUCAGGCAGAGCAGCUCACAUAUCCCCUACCCCAUGCAAUUGCAGAUCUCCCAGUAGAUACUCUCAUGACAAUGUCCAAGGCAAUUGAGCGCGACUUGCAAACUGCGCCACCAACAGUCUUCGACCCCAAGACUAGCAAACGACCCAUCACGGUUCUCUCAAUUUCUGGCUACGGCGGUAGAUCAAUAGCUGAGGCUGUAGGUCAGCAUUUAGCAUGCUGGAAUCGCGCAGAUUUGAUUCACCUGGACGCACAAGACCUGUCCUUGCUUGUAGGCGACUAUUUGGGCUUAAACUGGGCCUACUCUCGUGGAGCGCUCUCUAUGAUGGGCUUUCGUGCGGCAGAGUUGAACGGGAAGCUCGCACAGGAUCCUACGAGUCCCUCUCGGCUGAAUGACGAAGAUGAUAGUGAUGCAGAUGCUGGCAUAAUCAGCCUACGAGCUUCUGGCGGCUCGUUGGAGGAAGAGCUUCAAAAGAUUCGACAGGGCGAAUUCGAUUGCUUCACUAAAUGGGAAAACCUCAAAAUCGACAAGAUCUUGGACCAUAUUAUUCGAGCCCCGGAGCUCAAGAGGACGCCAUCCCAAACCUCACAGCGGCCAAUUCUUAUCCAUGUUCACGACAUUGUUGAGUUGAGCAUGACACUAGAAGGGUCGCUGCUGCUUGGGAGGUUGAGGGUCAUGGUAGACACUGCUUGGCAACAAGGAACAAACAUCGCAAUUGUAGGAACCUCGUCAUCUGAGAAGCCUUCCGACGAGUUUCAGGAUGCUGUCAGGCAAUUGGCGACUACAGACUGGGUCAUUACGCGGCAUAUUGAGCCAGACAGGACAUACAGACGCCCGAUGGCAAAGGCCAACACCUCCCAGAGCCGCUUUAGCCUUCAAAAGACGGACUACUUUGCCGAAAAUAUCUGCAACAUAAAUCGUAUGCUUAGCGCAUUAAGUCCUGAAACCCCCUCAGCGGCUCUGCAUAUGUGCAAUGAGCAUGUCAAAACCCAUCUGCGCUCAGGGGAUCCCAAGUUUUCUCUUCUACGGGAUUCUAUCCUGCCGAUUCCCGAGAUAUAUCACCUUGCAUGCGCAUUCAAGGCACUUGAAGAGAAUUGUAAGGGAUCCGGUGCGACCGGAGUUCUUGAUCGGUGCUCAAUGGGUCCGUUGCGACAGCAGCCUGGCCAACGUUUCCUUGACGAGGACGACGGUGACAUGGACAGGGAGGCAGACGAUGCUCGUAAUCAAAGUCGUGAAGAGCCCAAAUCAGACGCUCGACACGUAUUGAAGAUGAAUGAGUAUGAAAAGCGCAUCUCCUCCGGCCAAAUAAACCGAGAGAAUCUUCGGACGACAUUCGCGGAUGUUCAUGCCCCACAAGAGACUAUAUCGGCUCUCAAGCUGCUCACAUCUCUAGCACUUGUGCGUCCCGAUGCCUUUUCUUACGGCGUGCUUGCGCAGGAUAAGAUUCCAGGCUGCCUACUGUACGGGCCGCCUGGGACUGGUAAAACUAUGCUUGCCAAAGCCGUGGCGAAGGAGAGCGGCGCCAAUAUGCUUGAAAUCAGUGGCGCGACUAUCAACGAUAAAUGGGUCGGAGAGAGUGAGAAGCUGAUUCGGGCAGUUUUCACCUUGGCUAAAAGGCUAGAACCUUGUGUUGUUUUCAUCGACGAGGCGGAUUCUCUACUUGCGAAUCGUAGCAUGUUUAGCAACAGGGCUUCACAUCGCGAGCAUAUUAACCAGUUUUUGAAGGAAUGGGACGGUAUGGAGGAGACUAAUGCUUUUAUCAUGGUCGCAACGAAUCGACCGUUUGAUUUGGACGACGCUGUACUGCGGAGGUUGCCGCGCAAAAUUCUCGUGGACCUGCCACUCAGGGAAGACCGCGCAGCUAUCUUGCGGCUCCUGCUCAAGGAUGAAUUGUUGGAUGAUUCCGUCUCACUGGAAGCCUUGGCAAAAGAAACGCCGUACUAUUCUGGAUCUGAUCUGAAAAAUGUGUGCGUUGCAGCUGCUAUGGCUGCGGUGGAGGAAGAAAAUGAAGCAGCUGCGAAGCAUGAUGGCCCUGAGCCAUAUCGAUACCCGGAACGCCGCAUUCUGCGUAAUGAUCAUCUGGAAAGUGCCUUGAAGCAGAUCCCCGCGAGCAUCAGUGAAGAUAUGACCUCGCUGAAGCUGAUACGCAAGUUUGAUGAGGAGUAUGGGAACAGACGAAAAGGGUCAAAGAAGAAAGCCUCAAUGGGAUUUGGUUUGCUGUAUGAGGAAGGGCAUAGCAGAACCGACGAGGCAAGAAUUCGGCCGUAA